AUGAAAAAGUUAAAUAUAGCCAAACAAAAUAUAAUUGAUAAAUUAGUCGCAAAAAAAGCUGAUAUCUAUUUCAGUGAUGUACGUAUUUCUGAUCGACUUGAUGAAAUUGAUAAAUGGCGUAAAACUCUUGAAUAUACAAUUCAAGAUGUUGAUCGUGAAAUUCAAGCUAUUCAAUCAGCUAAAGAACAAUGUGAACGUUAUUUAGAACAUAUGCGAAGUCCAUUGGGUAAAUAAUUAAUUAAUAAAAAACAAAAAAGCAUAUUAAAUUUUAU